UCUUUAGAUAUCUGAGUGUUAGAAAUCCAAUUGCAUGCUUGUUAUCUAUAUGAGAAAAUGCUUGACUAGUCUGCUUAUAACAUGACUGUUAAUAUGCCUCACUGUGAAUAUGCUUUAUUAUUAUUUUGGUGGCAUAAUGAUACUCCCUACAAGAUAGAUCAAGGGUGAUACAGUAUAUAACUUUGUGAACAUGAAUCGAUAAACUUUCAACAAACCGUCAAAUUUCGCCAGCUACAGAACCGUUUUAUUCUUUCGUAUUCAUACCUCACUGAAUGGAAUCCCCUUGAUUUGUCCCUAUCACCUUCCUAUUAGUUGAAAGAAACAUUUUUAGUUGCGGUAGAUUAUUCUAAGUUGGGACCCAAUUAUGAAAAUUUCUGGUUGACACUUGCGUUGCACUAAAAUAUGACUAUUGACUAGUGAUAAGCUGCCAAAAUCUUUGAGCCUGUGGAGAGAAUUGAUUUCUCUAGUCUUCAUAAUGGACUUUUAGUGCAAAACCACCCAAUGCACCCUUCCAAACUGGUUCGCGUUUAUCAUGAAAACAAAAAUAGAAAGCACAUGAUCAUCAGAAACAGAAUCAUGGGUAGUUUCAAUCCUGGAUUUGUCUUCUGCAUCUACUUGUCUUUUCUUUCUAGCUUACUGAUCAUCAUACAAUACACAACUGCACAACCAAAUUAUAUUUAUCAUUUUUGUUACGGAGAUAAUUUCACUACUGGCAGUACGUUUGAAGCUAAUCUCAACCGUCUUUUUCCUUCAACCAUCAGAAAUAGAUACGAUAACACCACAGUUGGCCUAAAUCCGGAUAUUGUUUACGGGUCUAUACAGUGUAGAGGUGAUGUUACAUUAGAUACUUGUCAAAGUUGUCUUGAUUUUGGUACUCAAGAUAUCAAGGAUAGAUGUCCGAAUUCUAAAAAAGCAAUUAUUUGGUUUGAUACAUGCAUGCUAAGGUAUUCAAAUGAGUAUUACUUUAAUAUUAUGCAAGUUAGUCCAGCAGUUUAUAUAUGGAAAACAAAUAAUAUUUCUAAUCCGGAGCAGUUUAACCAAAUUUUAGGUAAUUUUAUGAAUGAAUUAGAAAAACAAAAGUCUAUUUCUUCUAAUUUUGCUAGUGGAGAUAAAAAUCUCACUAAUGGUAGAAUAUUAUAUGGAUUAGUCCAGUGUAGUCCGGAUAUACCUUCAGAUGAUUGUAGUCGAUGUCUUGUUGGAGCUAUAUCUGAAUUACCAAAUUGUUGUGAUGGGAAACAAGGUGGAAGAGUUAUUAGACCCAGUUGUAACAUUAGAUAUGAAUUGUAUCCCUUUCUUCUACUUCAAUACAUCAAUGUUCCUUCACCCCCUUCAGUAUCAUUACCUGUUCCUCUCCUAUCACCACCUCCUCCCGUAUCACCACCAUCGGCGACGAAUACGACUACACCAAACUCAAAUGCGAAUAACUCAUCCAUACUUGCUAUCAGUAUCACCGUUCCUUCAAUUAUCGGAGUACUAACCACUAUUGCCUUUUGGUUCUUCUGUUUCCAGAGAAAGAAAACAAAGACAGAGUAUUUUGACGAUGCUGAUGCUGAGAUUCCAAGUACAGAAUCCUUACAAUUUAACUUCAAAAUAGUUAGUACCUCAACCAACAAUUUCUCCGAAGCUAGUAAACUUGGAGAAGGUGGAUUUGGCUCUGUUUAUAAGGGUACACUUUCAGACAGCCAAGAAAUAGCCGUAAAGAGGCUAUCGAAAAAUUCAGGACAAGGUGAACAAGAGUUCAAGAACGAAGUUACAUUAGUAGAUAAACUUCAACACAGAAAUCUUGUGAAGCUUGUUGGUUUCAGCAUGGCUGGUGAAGAGAAACUACUCGUCUAUGAAUACAUGCCAAAUGGAAGCCUUGACCAAAUCCUAUGCGAUCCAAUUAAAUGUACACAGCUGGAUUGGGAAAGGCGAUACAGGAUAAUAGGAGGGAUAGCAAGAGGACUUGUCUAUCUCCACGAGGAGUCUCGACUUAAAGUCGUUCAUCGGGAUCUCAAAGCUAGCAAUAUAUUAUUAGAUAUCGAAAUGAAUCCUAAAAUUGCAGAUUUUGGCAUGGCUAGGCUUUUUGGUCUUCACCAAAUUCAAGAUAGUACUAACAGAAUAGUUGGAACGCAUGGCUACAUGGCUCCCGAGUAUGUAUUUCACGGUGAAUUCUCUGUGAAAUCAGAUGUUUUUAGUUUUGGCGUCUUGGUCUUAGAGAUUGUUUGUGGACAGAGGAACAGCAAUUUUCGUAAAUCAGAUAUUGCUCGGGAUCUUCUAAGCUAUGCAUGGAGGCACUGGAAUAAUGGAACUGCUAUAGAAAUAUUAGAUCCAACUUUGAAAGACACGUGUUCUAGAAAUGAAGCGGUUAGAUGCAUCCAUGUUGCAUUAUUAUGUGUUCAAGAAAAUGUUGAAGAUAGACCCUCAAUGCAGACUGUUGUCCUAAUGCUCAACAGCUACUUUUCAAUCAGUCACAAUUUACCUUCAGCGCCUGCGUUCUUUGCUGGUAGUAGUAGAAGUAUGGAGCCCAAGCCGACCUUAUAUUCAGACUACACUGAAGAACAGGGAAGCUCAAAGAACGAGUCAAUCAGCGAAACAACAAUGAGCUUGAAUGAUGUUUCGGUCACUGAACUACACCCUCGAUGACACUACAAUCUUGUUCAUUCCUCUUCUUGUUUUAUUUUUUCUUUUGUAAGUUGAUCGUCGCUCUAUACUAUGUUUUCACUGGGAAUACUUAAAAUUUUAUCAUCAUUUGUUCAGA